GUUAUAUUUUUAAGAAUGAAUCACCUUAGCAUUACACUGAUCCUUCUGUUCAGCUUGUGUUUGCAACACUCUCAGCUGCAACUGGCUCCCUUUUCUGAUUCCGAACCCUUGGCCAAUAAUCAGGUUUAUUUUCCUGGCUUGGAGGACGACUUGGACUGGAGUGGGGCCAACUGGCAGCUGGUGAUCCGCUGGCUGAUGGAGCGCCAGCAGCUGCGAUUCUGCAUUGCCCUCGCCAGAUUCGAUGAGCGGUUGGUGCCCGGAACGGCCUGCCAGGCACUCUUGGCCAACGGGCCGCUGAUGGCCAACUGCGACAUUGGAAACAUCGAGGACCUGACCAUGACCAUGCGCUACGCCUUCGGCGAAAUCCUUCUGGAUACCAGUCGCAAGUGUCGACACGGCCUGGAGCUCUUUGGAGUUCGCUGCCGGCGGAGGGCGUAAUCGAAAACCAUCGGCAACGAAUUUAUAUUUCAUCAAAUGCAAUGUGGGUUACACUUUUGAACAGAAAAAGGACAUAUUCCCCUGAAAUAUCCAAUGUGACACACUUAAUAGUCAUAUGACUAUACAGAGAGAAUUCUGACGUUCUUAUCUAAGUUAAAAAGGUUCUUAAAGUUGAAAAUAUUUACAAUGUGCUUGAAUCAAUCUGAACUGACAUUGCUUGUGUGAAAAACACAACUAUUAGUCCAGUCAGAAGUGUAUACUUAUCAAAAAGUUGUUAAAUAAACUCUUAUUAACUUUUCUCUUCUCACCAUUUUGUCCUGAUAUUAAGAACAUUGAACCCAAAUUGCUUUUAAGAACGAAUGUUCUCAAUUCAAGAACAAUGUACUUGAAUAUUUCUCUACGUAUAGUGAUAAGCAGCGACCGCAGAUCAGAGUUAAUUGUGAAAAUUAAUAAUGUAACGUUGCUUACUCAGUACUAUAAAGUGCAUAAAAAUCCGCAUUUCGGUUAAAAAAGCAAAGCAAAACUUAUUUUUACGGACAUGAGAACAAAAUAUGAAAAUCCUCAUUAAAUUUAAGUUCAAGAAUUAUCAUAAAUACAAAACGUAAGGUUUUUAACCCUCAAGUUCUUUAAUAGAAAUGUGGAGACUAAGUACUUUAAUUUACUGCUAGUGCUAUAGUAAAUUAUUUGAUGUUGUACGUUUUACAAACCAUUGUUUCAAACAAUUUUAUUUCCAAGUAUGCAACAGUGUUAUUUAAUCUAGGGAGUAAUCAAAGUUUUAUGACAUUUGGUUAUCAUUGAUAAAAUAGAAUUUAAUGGAAAAUCGUAAUAUUUUCGCGCUGCGGAACCUACUAAUUGUUCCCAUUUCGUCUCCUAAGUGCAUUGCUAAUUCACUUUAUUGAGCAAUUUUUCAUCGUCUGCCCUGCCCUAUCCCCUGUCAUUUCAAUGUGUCAAUAAAAAUCAGAAAGGAACCCUGCGCAGCCCCCGAUUUCAGUCUAAAACUGGGUGAAGGCCCGAGUCCGAGUGGCGAGUCCUUGCCGAGUGCAGUGCCUCCAUGACAAAUGACGAUUAUAAUUUGUAAAAUGCGCCCAUCUUGUUAUCCCCUCAGAUCCUUUUGCCCGCCCCCGAUAUGUUCGACUUGUGGCCUAGAUGUUGCUGUCCGGCUUUUUCCCCAUUUCCAUUUCUAUCUCGGAUUCGGUUUAGUCCAUUGCGAUUGUUGUUGCAAUUAGCAGAAGCGACAGGGGAUAAGGGGCAGCAUAAGCACAACUGAUGGUUUGAAUGGAAAAUUGCACAGCGCAAAUAGCUGAUGGUAAUUGGUGGAUGGGGUGGAUAGAGCCGUAUUGUUGCUUCUGGCAAUUACCGGCAGAUGUUUAAGAGUUUAGCACCCAUGGAGAAUUUUCCCAUUUCAAUCGGAGCGGUGAUAGCCUCUUCAAUCGAUUUGCGAAACACCUUCAAAUGGAGAAAAGUGUCGCACAUUCCCAAACGAAUGUCAUCAAAAUAAACGAUUUUCGAACCAGUUUUAGGACU